AUGAGUACGAAUACUACUCCUGUGAAAAUGAAGAUGUCCCUGGAAGAUCAAGAGCAGAUUGUUAUGCCGCCACCACCGGUUGAAGACUACAAUCCGGAAAUUUCCGUCUCUCCGCACGUGCAAUGCCCGAUGCUGCAUCAGCAAGUGAUGAUCAAAAAUCCUCCUGUGCCUCAGAUGCCUCAGCUCACGGAUACUACUAUUUCGCCUGCGAGACCUGAUAGAGACCUUAUGAGAUAUGAAAUUGCGAAAGAGAAACAGAUUGUGCGGGUACCGGACUAUUCUGAUUAUGCAUGGAAACGUCUUGAACAAGAGAAACUGGCGCAAUAUGCUAUUAGAGAUUACGGUAACGGCUGGAUGGUAGGUCAAAAAUAGGC